UUUACAUUAUAACUUGAUAUUAGUGAUUUCGAACGGUUUUAUAAAAAGAAAAAGAAAAAGUAAAAUAAGACAAACGGGAUUCCAUUUCAUAUCCUUAUUAGAAGCAGACGUUAGAAGCAAAAUAAGUUUGGUUGCUCGUUCAUUAGGGAGAACUUUACUAUAAAAAAAAAACAAAAAGAUUUUUGGAAUUGAAAAAUGUCUAUGAAAAUAUGCGUUCUUUUUGUCUGCUUAGGCAACAUUUGCAGAAGUCCAAUGGCGGAAGCCGUUUUUCGAGACGAAGUGGAAAAGGCAGGCGUAAGUGAGCAUUUCGAAAUCAUUGACAGUUGCGGUACUGGAGCAUGGCACGUAGGCAGCUGGCCGGAUCCUCGUACGGUGGAUGUGUUGUUUGCAAAUGGAAUUCAUACGGACCAUGUGGCUCGAAAACUAAAAUUGACAGAUUUCAAAAAGUUUGAUUACAUAUUUGCAAUGGAUCGAUCAAAUCUGCAAAACAUUAAACGGGUGUGUCCCAGUGAUGCAAAGACACAUAUCUCAUUAUUUGGAGAUUAUGGUAGCGCAGGUGUCUCGAAGAUUGUGGAGGAUCCUUACUAUGGAGGAGAUGAUGGAUUCCAAUUAUGCUACGAGCAAUUGGUAGAUUUUUCAAGAAACUUUAUAAAAAAGGUCGUUGGAUAGAGAGGAUUUUAUAGAAGGAAUAUAGAAGUUGAAGAGUAAUCUGUAAAGAAAAAAACUAGAAAUGGUAGGAAGGAAGGAAGGAAAGGGGAAGUAGGCAUAUGGAGAGAAUAAAAAGAAAGGAGAGAAAAAUAGAUCAUAACGAAAAAA